AUGGUUACACAACCAUUGAGUGCUGGUGAUCUUAAUCGACCAUACGUAGGUGAAACAGAAAAACUUCUUGUUGAUAUUAUGUAUCGUGCACAUGCUAUUCCAUUUUUAAUUUGUGCAAUGACAAUUGAUGAAAUUGAUGGUCUUGUACCCAAACGUGAUAAUAAUGCACAACAAGGAAAAGUUGAUGGCAUUAGUGUGUUAUUAUCACAUAUUGAAGGUGUUAAAAAUAUUCCAAAUUUAAUUGUAUUUGGUGCUACGAAUCGUCGUAAUAUGAUGAAUGAAGCAUUUCUUUGGCGAAUGCAAGCAAAAGUAUGUGUUGGUCGUCCAUCGCCAGCUGUACGGGCUAAUAUGUUAACACCAUUAGUGUGUAAAGAUUCAAGGGUCUUUACACCAAAGCUUCUAGAAUCUUUAGUCAAAAUCACAACAAACUUCAGUGGUGCUGCAAUAGGAGCAUUGAAGUCAAAUUUAAUUAUUGAAAUGGAUCGAAAUCCGAAAAUAACAGAGCAUCGUCUAUUAGAAUUAGCUGAUGGUGUAGCACGCGAGUUUAAUGUUUGGUUCGGUAUAAGUACAUUACCUGAGAUAUGUCGUUUAAAUCCAACUAUCAUCAAUUCUACACAAUAUGAAGAUAAUUAUUCAUUGGAUUUUGAAAAAUUAAUCCCAACAGGACGUAGAUUAAUUGAUUAUACUGAUCAUAAAUGUCUUAUUGAAAUAAAAGAUGAACCAACAUUAGAAAAAGAUUUAAAUAAAGAUGAAACAUCUGUAUCGCGCUUAUUAGCACGUUUUAUCCAUGGCUGUUCAACGAGAAAUAUUGAUACAAUACAAACUAUUGAUUUAAACUUUUUAAUAAAACAAAAUGCAUUUGAUAAAAAUCAAAUAUUUGAAUUGUUAACUACAACAUUUCUUGAAUGUAAUGAAUAUAAUAGAUCUAUGCUUAUAUUUGAUAUUGAUUCAUUAAUUAUGUUAAAUAAAUCUGAUUCAGAAAUGUCUAAAUCCAAAUCGAUUUCAAACAUACGUGUUUAUCAAUUCAUACGUGAAAAAUGUGAUGUUACUAAAAUUGAAAAAUGGAUUGUUAUGAUUGUGAAAGAUUCAUGGUUAAAAAACCAAUUGAUUGAUGAUAUUGAAUUUCAAAAAUCGACUUCUCAAUUGAAUGAAGAGCACGAAGAAGAAGAAAAACGUAUUGAUGAGGAAACACCGAGAAAGUGUCCAAAGUGUUUACGUCAUUAUAUGCCAAAAGAAGCGCGCGACGGAAAUUGCCAUUACCAUACGGACUUCGUUGUUGAUAUUGAUAAACCAAAUGAGCGACUCAUUGGUGAAAAAGCACAAGCUAUUCUACAGCAUUCACUAUUGCAAAAAUUAUCUGAACAAGAUAUGCCAAAAUUAGAUCCGGUGCCGGAAACGAUCGGAUCCACUGGUCGGAUUGAAUCUCCUGGGUGGGCUUGUUGUCUACGCAAAUAUGGCGAUUCAUUACAACCGUGUGAAACAGGCAAAUGUGGCUUACCAGCCGAGCUAGAAGACACAGUUAAUAUGAAAAACAAUGAUUACAUUACUGUUGUACAAGAGUAUUUCAAGAAAAAUUCAGCUGCGAUUAAAAAUCUGGAGGAGUUUUUAAGAAAUUACAAGCAGACAGCAACGAGAACUGUAACAACGAUACCAAUACAACCAUCAACAGGCAUAACAGCAACAACAAUAGGAACUAAUAUGAGAUCAACAACACCUACCGCACAAACCUACAGACGAAAUUAG